CAUUGAUACUGCACUGCAAUUUUAGGCAGGAUUGAGCGUUGGAGGAUCAAGCACUGUAUCUGAGACCUCUGGAUAUUCAACACAACAUCAUGGAAAGUCAAAGGAGAAUGAGAUCAAGUAAGGAGAUACUGUGUUUGUGUAUUGUUGUCCCGAGGCAAUUGAAUUUAGUGUGGUUUUCAGAAUAACCUGUUUGUUCUUUUAUGAUAAAUGUAGUUUCUGUUGGAACUCCUGGAGAUGAUAUUUCGCAGGAGCUGGACCGCUUGAUCCGGCAGAGAGGUCGAGAUCUACGGGUGCGUAAGGUUGACCAACAGAAUGCUGUGAAGAUAGUAAAUCAUCUUAUCGAAAGCCUUCUGGAAUUCCUGAAGAAUAAUGAGGAUCAGCCCUUCUUCAGGGACGUCUCGGUUCUCACCAGCGGCAGCUACUAUGAGAUGGUGAAGAUCAACAAACCCAAUGAGUUUGACAUUAUGCUGAAACUGAAAGUCCCAAGGCUUGAAAUGUCAGAACUGGAAGAAUAUCAAGGACUGUUUUAUAAUUUGAAACUUUUAAAAGGCACACGUGAAGAAAUCAAACACUUUCUUCUGGAAGAUGAACGAACCGUCUCAGCCACCAAAAUCAAAGCAGAAAUGCACCGCUUGGUCCGCAAAUUCAUUAGCACACAUUUUAAAGGUAAAGGUUGGGUGAUAUGCAGGAAACAGCUGAAUUCACCGGCAGUGACUCUUGAGUUUAACAACAAAGAGAAAGAUGACAUGAUGUCUGUAGAUAUCGUACCUACUCUCGAGGUGCCACAAGGUUGGCCACAAGCGGCACGGGCCGGUCCCAAUAUAAACAACUGGCUUGAAAAGAAAUGCCGCCGCCAGUUUGUAAGCAAGGCUGUGUAUUUCGUCCCAAAGAGACCUAAAGGAAGAAACCUCAAAGAUGAUGCCAAAGAGAGCUGGCGGAUAUCAUUCUCUCACAUUGAAAAAGAGAUGAUGCAGUAUCAUGGCAAUAAUAAGACGUGUUGUGAGAGUUUUUCCAAUAAGUGUUGUCGGAAACGCUGUUUGCAGCUUCUCAAGUGUCUGAUUGAGGGACUGAAGCAGCGUUAUCCCAAAGAGCUUGAGCCUCUGUGUUCCUACCACGGGAAAACAGCCUUCCUCCACGUGCUCUCAGACCGAGUGCAGGAUUCCCUCUGGUCUCCAGGCCAGCUGUCUGUCUCCUUCAUGAAGCUGUUUGGAUACUUCGAGCGACGUGUACUAGAUGGUUCACUACCCCACUUCUUCGUUUGCCGGCAUAAUCUGUUCUCUCCGCCUGCGUUUCCCAAAAGAGCGCUUGCAUUUCUGACCAAUGCCCUGAAGGAGCAAAGAGAACUGGGUCUCCCUGUUUUAAAGGUGCCGAGUCCAUCCGCUGCUCUUGUUCCUGAUACCGAUCCUCUUGUUCCUGAUACUGAUCCUCUUAUUCACCCAAACCCAAUCAAUGGCACUGACAGUAUUGUUGCCUAUGAACGUUCUUUUAGGCAUGUCUAUAUCUAUAUCGGGUUAAUGGUUGUUAUUGUGUGUGUUGGAAUCGGAUGUGCAUUUUAAAAAAUGAUUUUGUAGAAUCCUCUCCAAAUGGAA